AUGGCAGACAAAACCAUCAAGACCUUGCAUCCUUUCCUACAAGAGAAUAUCACGAAAGUGUCCUCCGGCGGCACAAUCAAGAGCUUCUCACAUGAUCAAGGGUCAGGGCCUGUCCUCUGUAUGGUCCAUGGCUGGCCUCAAAGCUCAUACAUGUGGCGACAUGUGGUAUCAGACUUGAAGGACAAGACAUCGCUCUUCAUACCAGAACUGCCAGGAUACGGCUUCUCAUCGCUGCCGCCGAAGCAUGACAAGCGCACCGUCGGCAACCUCAUCAUUGAAGCUUUGCAACAAGUGUUUACAAAGGCUCGGCCGAUCAUUUGGUGUGGCCACGAUCGAGGAGGUAGGAUCGGACAUCGACUUAUUGUAGACAACAACCCCUCACACAAAAUCACCUCCGCGAUCAUCAUCGACAUCGUUCCCACCAAAGAACAAUGGGACGUAUUCGCAAACCCAGCUGCAAGUGCUGCCUACUACCAUUGGCCCUUCCUCGCCACACCCACAGCACCUCGAAUGAUUGAGGCCAUGGGCCAUGGAGUAUGGACCAAAAUGAAUCUCGAACGCUCCAAAGGCGCCUCUGAAGCCGGCACAGCCAAAUUCCAAGAACACGAUGCCAUUGAGCAUUACUGCCACCAAUUCACCAGCCCCGAAAGCAUCGAAGGCUCUUGCGGAGAUUACGCAGCUGGCGCUUUCGAGGAUGUCGACGAGCAAAAGAAAGACCAAGCCGCCGGGAAGAAAGUCUCCAUUCCCUUAAUGGUCAUAUGGUCUGCUUCCAACUUGGGCCGAAUGCAUAAUGUUCCACAAGUCUGGUCGCAGUGGGUGGAAAAAGCGGAUGAGGUGCGAUUUGAACCGAUUACAGACGGCUUUGGCCAUUAUUUGCCUGAAGAGUGUCCCGAUCGCGUUCAACCUUUGCUGGUAGAUUGGAUUGAGAAGUAUUCCAAGUAG